AGUCAGUCCUCAAUGGGAGCCAGUUCCCCACUUCCUUCAGCAGCAAAGGGGAUGCCGAUGCGAGUAUGGCUACUGCAGUUCGCUUCUUUCCCUGACUGGAUGAGUGCCCCGAGGUGGCUUUCCACCAAGGGCCCAGGGACACUAGAGCAGGUCGAGUUUCCCUCCUUGCUAGGCCAUAGCCGUCACAUUAUUUGCUCUGCACCUUGAUUGCCUCCGUUUAUCUCGUCAAACAAUCCGCCUCACGCAGUCAGUCACCAUGGCCGACGACACUGUCGCCGGUGCGCGCAUCGAGGCCCCGAUUACAUGGAAAACCUACCUCAUGUGUGCCUUUGCGGCGUUUGGCGGCAUCUUUUUUGGAUACGACUCGGGGUAUGUUAACGGUGUCCUUGGAAUGGAUUACUUUAUCCAUGAAUUCACCGGAAAGGUCAAGGAGGAGCUUGAGGACCCAUCAGACUACGCGAUCUCCUCUUCCAACAAAUCCCUGAUUGUCUCCAUCCUAUCAGCCGGCACAUUCUUCGGCGCCCUCAUUGCAGGUGACAUUGCAGAUUGGUAUGGCCGCCGCACGACGAUUAUCUGUGGUUGUGCGAUAUUUUCCGUCGGUGUUGCCUUUCAGAUUGCAUCGACCACUGUUGCGAUGUUGGUAGUUGGACGAUUAAUCGCAGGAUUCGGUGUCGGGUUUGUAUCUGCCAUUAUCAUCCUCUACAUGUCAGAGAUUGCACCCCGUAAAGUUCGUGGAGCAGUGGUUUCUGGCUAUCAGUUUUGCAUCACCAUUGGACUGAUGCUGGCUUCAUGCGUGAACUACGGGACAGAGAACUACACUACCUCGGGCUCCUAUCGCAUCCCGAUUGGCCUGCAACUACUUUGGGCGUUUAUUCUAGCAGGGGGCCUGUUCCUGCUCCCCGAAUCGCCUCGCUAUUUUGUUCGAAAAGGUGACCUGGCGCAAGCGACUCGGGUCCUCGCGCGCAUUCGCGGCCAGCCAAAUGAUUCCCAGUAUAUUCAAGAAGAACUGGCGGAGAUCGUGGCGAACUAUGAAUACGAGACGAAUCUUAUCCCCCCCGGCGGUUACUUCCAGACCUGGCUCAAUUGCUUCAAGGGGGGUCUCUCGAGUCCGAACAGUAACCUCCGUCGGACGAUCUUGGGGACUUCACUGCAGAUGAUGCAACAGUGGACUGGCGUCAACUUCGUCUUCUACUUUGGAACUACCUUCUUCCAGAACCUCGGAACCAUCGACGAUCCAUUCCUCAUCAGCAUGAUCACAACAAUCGUCAACGUAUUCUCCACGCCAAUCUCCUUCUACACAAUGGAAAAAGUCGGACGCCGUCCCUUGCUCCUCUGGGGUGCCUUGGGCAUGGUCAUUUGCCAGUUCAUCGUGGCGAUUGCGGGCACAGUCGAUGGCAAUAACAGCCAGACUGUUAGUGCGCAGAUCUCGUUUAUCUGCAUCUAUAUCUUCUUCUUCGCGUCCACCUGGGGCCCGGGCGCUUGGGUCGUCAUUGGUGAAAUUUACCCUCUCCCUAUUCGAUCUCGCGGCGUGGCUCUAUCCACCGCGUCGAACUGGCUAUGGAACUGCAUCAUCGCCGUCAUAACCCCCUACAUGGUCGACACCGACAAAGGCAACCUGAAAUCCCGCGUCUUCUUCAUCUGGGGCUCGCUCUGUUCCUGCGCAUUCGUGUACACGUACUUCCUUGUCCCCGAGACCAAGGGACUCACCCUUGAACAGGUCGACAAGAUGAUGGAGGAGACGACCCCGCGCACGUCGGCGAAAUGGAAGCCGCAUAGCCGGUUUGUUGAGGAGGUUAAGAGGAAUGACGGGGCUGUGGAACUUGGGGAUGUUGCUGCGAAGGCGUGAGGGUUGGUUGAGGGUUAAGUUCAGGGUGUUACGGUUGAGGGCUUCUGUGGUAGCCUUGGAGGGGUACGGAGAUGGAUGUGAUGGGCCUCUGGACUACAGAUGCUGAUGCGCCGGGUAGCUAUACGUCUUUUAUGAAGGACAAUACACUCGUUCCAGCAUUGAGUAACUGCUUGAACAUCCUUGCCGGAGAAAUGAUCCACCGAG